AUGGCGACUGAAGCAGCUGUCGGACAGAGUCCCUCUACAACUCCAGAGACGGCCCAGAUCGUCGAGGACCAUUCGCACGCAUUCCAAAACACGUUGAACACAACACAGACGGACAGCGCACCCGAUGUCCCUGAAACAGCAAAGCCUGCUGUCAACAAUAAUUCCUCAGAGGUACCCAGCUCGGAUGCACCCAAACCAGUGGCUCAAGAGACAGAGCCGCUUGAGCCUGUAUCAUCUGGGGUUGACAAUGCCACUGCUGUAACCAAUGACACCGGAGAUACAAUUGGACCCAAGGAUGAAGUACCUGUCAUCGAACCAGUGACAGGUGUCAAGCGUGAUCUUGAUGCGUCUGAGGCUCCCGACUCAACUGUGCCUGUCGAGAAUAAAGAAACUGUACCUGUGUCAACUGAAGAACGUGACUCUAAGAAGCAGAAGACAGAUGAGAAGCCUGAUUCAGGAUCAAAUGGUCGUGCUCCCUCGGAUACAAAGAAUGGAAGCAAUGAACAAAAGAAGGAAGGUCGACACACGAAGGACAAGAUCAAGGAUGUUAUGAAGAAGGUUAUUCCGGGAGACAGCAUUGGAAGCCGCACCCGUAGCCGGACAAAGGGUGCUUAG